CACCCCACACCCACACCCACACCCACACCCAACCCCUAUAUUGACAAGAUCAUAUAAAUUGCUUUGUUUUUUUUUCUUGUUUUGUUUUUGUUUUAAAAGGAAUGGCAACCACUAUUUUAUAUUAAUGUUGAUGAAUUUCGUUUUAUACCACGUAUACAACGUAUUAAUGAACUUGAAGCUGGUACACGAGCAAAAAUAAAACUUUAUGAACGUUUAACAAAAUUAUUUGAGUCUCAAGGACUUAAUAUAAAAAUUCCAACAGUUGAAAAAGAAACUUUAGAUUUGGCAAAAUUACAUAACCCAUGUCCUUUGAAUCGGCUAAAAAUUGCCGAUUAA